AUGUCAUUUUCCUUGGUAGAAGUCUCAUUUGGAACCAAAUUAAGAACAUGUUAGUGGGAUACAAUAUAGCCAUUGACUUAAACUUGGGAUCUCAACACUUCUCAAAUUCUCUGUUUGUUUCCUCCGGAGAUCAUCGGUCCUAGAAAAUUGAAGAGCCUCUUGCCUGUUUCUGGGGGUUUGAGUGUUUUCUUCUGAUCACUAUUCAGAAUGCCUUUCUUCAUCCCAACAUUGAUUGCGCAAUCUACAUCAGCUAUUUAUAAUCCUUGCAAGGACUUUGUGCUGUACAUUAAAGGUAAGAAGCAUGACAUUGAAGAUUUGGAGGAUAAUUUGACAAAGCUCGUGGUAGAGGUAAUCAUCAUUCAGUCAAACAAGGACAAAAUUGAUCGAAUCCUUAAAGGGUCAGUCUCUAAAGAGAAGAAUAAUGCAUAUCAUAUUGUGGAGAAGCAGAUUGAAGUUAUUCUUAAGAGGUUCACCAAGUUCAUUACCAAGUACCAAAAAUACACCACUGAUUUCCCAAGUGCUGUGCCCAAGUCAGAUGCCUUAAAAGAGCUGCUUGAGCUCGGCGCCUAUGAAGAGCUGCCUGAUGAAGACACCCUAAAAGCAAGAAAGAUGAUUGAUGAACUGGAGAAAAGAAAGCCAAAGAUCUUGACACGUAAUUUCUUCAAGCUUGCACAACUCAGCAGAGACGUUGUCAAGCUGACCAAGGACAUCCAUGGGCUCGUAGAUAGUGUGAAGCCGGACAAUCUGCUAGUUGAGAAGAAACUAGAAAUUGUUCAGGUGCAACAUACUGAUGAUGAUCGGCCUUUGCAUGGUAGCUAUGUUGCCGAUCUUGUCAGAUACAUGUCUGAUCAAAAUUUGAAACGAAUUGGUAUAACGGGCCCAUCGGGAGUAGGAAAAACAACAAUUUUGAGAAAGUUGAAUAAUCAACUUGAAAAUAUUACCUCAUUGUCCGAUGGGAAGAACAGUUUCAGGUUAGAGAUUGUCAUCUGGAUAACUUUUCCUACAGAACUGGGUAAAAAAGAAAUGAUCAUAAAGAAGAUACAGAAUGAGAUAAUACAACGGUUAAAGCUCUAUCGAGAGAGUUCUAACAGUGUAAACCAGAAAGCAUUUAUAAUUUCCACAUUCUUGUGUCAGAAGAGAUAUAUAGUGCUCAUGGAUCAGGUUGCCUCAUACAUUGAUCUGAAUGAUGUGGGAUUAAGAGAAGACCACCUUUAUGGAAAAAUUGUGAUUGCAUCAAGUAACAAGAAGCUUAUUCACCGUAUGAUGGAUCAAGUGGUCGAAAUAAAGAAACUAUCGGUAUCUGAAGCAAAGAUGCUUUUUGAGAGUAUCUAUGGCAAAAUUCAGGCUGAUCACAACGUUAUUGCUGACAGAAUAAUUGAGUGCUGUGGGGGGCUACCCCGUUUGAUAGCAUUAGUAGCCAAGUAUUUACAAGACACAAAAAGCUCGUGGUAUGAUGUGAAACGAAUGUUACAGUCUGACAUUGAAUCUGAUGACUUGCUAAGCCUAGGAGAACUUGCCAAUGGUUAUAAGAUGAUGUAUGAAGGCUUGAGGCCGAAUUAUGUGAAAAAAUGCCUACUCUAUGGUGCACUGUUUCCGAGUGAGCAUAAGAUUCACAAAGACUAUUUAGUAGAAUGUUGGAUGGCUGAGCGUUUCAUUGAUAUAAAUGAUACCAGAAGGCUGAGGGCUACUCGAGACCGUGGAGUGACAGUUCUGAAGGAACUUACAGAUAAGUACCUGCUCGAAUGGUGUUCUGACAAUUAUGUCAAGAUGCCACUGUAUUUUAGAAAAGUGGCUCUAAAACAGAAGUGCCCGGACGAGGAAAAGUGCGUAAUUUGGGUGCCACAGAACCAUGAAGUUCUCAAUGGAGAAAUCUGGAAGAAAGCAACACGAAUGUCGUUCAUCUGUUGUAAUUCUGAACUACCUGAAACUCCAGAAAGCAGCGACUUGUCUACCUUGUUAAUGCAGAGGAAUCCAGAGUUGGUAACCAUUGGAGCUUCAUUCUUUCGCCAUAUGACAAAUCUUUUAGUUUUGGAUUUACAUGAAACAGGGAUAAAAACGUUACCAGAGUCAAUCUCUAGCUUGGUUAGUCUUGUGAGUUUAUAUUUGAAUAAUUGUUCCCAACUUGCUCAACUACCAGCUGAAGUAAAAGGGCUGAAGAAGCUGGAACUGCUUGAUAUUCGGGGAACUUCAGUUCCAGCUUUACCUGAUGAAGUUGGUGAAAUGGUUUGCUUGAGGUGUUUGAGACUUUCAUUUGCCCAAAUUCAAUGCCAAUGCGAUAGUGAAAGAAAAAAAGGUUGUUUGAUGAUUCCUCGCAAUAUAAUCUGUCUUCUAAAACAUUUAGAAGAAUUCACCAUUGAGACAGGCUGCUGCAAUCAAGGCUGGAUAAAUAUUGCCGAUCACGUGGUUGAUGAGCUAGCCAGCUUAGACAAGUUGACCACUCUUAGCUUCCACUUCCCAAGUGUGUGUAGCCUUGAAAAGUUUGUUAAUUACAGCAAAUCCUGGAAAAACACAAAGACCCACUGGGAAAACAAUACUUUGCGGUCCUUCAAAAUUUCUAUUGGUUUCUCUGAGACGAAGUAUCCAGACAGUCUAGAUUUCUCUGGAAUUUUAGAUGAAAGACAACUGAGAUUCCUCACCAGCGGAAAAAUUUCUUCAGUCAAAGAAGUACUAAAGCAGGCAAGUGCUUUUGAAUUAGUUGAUCAUUCAGGUGUGAAGAGCUUGAGUGAAUUUGACCUGGAAAAUACAGGAGCACUGAAAGUUUGUGUAGUCAAAUGCUGCAAGGGAUUGCUAAACAUUGUGGACACUGAAAAAACUGAUGGGAGGUUGGAAAUUAGGGAAGAGACUACUGGUGCAGUGCUGCAAUGCUUGGAGAAGCUGCAUUUAUUUGAUCUCCUGUCGCUACAAUCUAUUUGGAAGGGACCAGUGCUUCCAGGAAGCCUUUCAAACUUGAAGGUUCUAACGCUGUUUGGCUGCUCCGAGUUAACAGAGAUUCUGAAUCACGAGCUAGCAAAAGCUCUUUCAAGUCUAGAACACCUAAAAGUUGAAAAUUGUUCCAUAAUUGUGGAUAUUGUGAAGGUAGAAAUCUCUGGCAGGCAGAAACAGGCUGAUAUGUCGGAUAUCCUACACAAGGUUGAGAUUGUUGAACUGGUAAACUUGCCAAAUCUGCAAAGCAUAUGCAGGAGUACCUCAUUGAACUGGAAAUCAUUGAGAAAAACUGUAAUUCUAGGUUGCAGCAACUUGCAAUAUCUGUCUUUAACACUAAGUAAUGCAGAGAAGCUAGAGACAAUACAAUGCGAAGCUAGUUGGUGGACUACAAUUCGGUUGUCUGAUGAAGAGAAGGAGCAAUUUGGUCGUCUUCUUGAUUUUAUUAUCAUGGAACCACCAGCAACUGUUGGAUUCCAUUCUCAAGGAGAAUCAUCUAGCAGUGGAAGAUCAGAUAAUCCUCAGGAUUCAAACAAUAUCGAUUCACAAACAUAUAAUGUUGACAACAUGAUGCCUAAUGAACAUACAAUCUCAAGCAAUGGUAGUUCAAAUGGCUCCAAUGUGAAACCUGGCCUGAAGGAAAGGCAAAAAUCAGUAAAGACUUUUGUGUCAUCAGAAACAGUUGCACAAGCAGAGACUUCUGGGGAAGAUUCUGAAGUUAAGAGAUUAUACACAGUUGAGAGUGCACCCUGUCGGUUGUCAUAUUCAGAGGAACUAUUGUGCAAAGAUGGAUCACAUCAGAAUGCUCCACAGAGAGACGAAAAACAGGCAGCAGGAUAAUGUGGAGAACUGUAAACUUCAAGUGGAGGUUAGUAUUUUUUUUAUUUCCUGUUAUAAAUUCUGAUGUUACCAAAGCACUUAUUUUAUUCAACAUGGUUUUCUGUAAAAUCUUGCUGAUUGUUUUCAUGUUCAUUUCAGAUUUCAUUACUUUGUAUUUCAAGUUUAUGCCUUCUUGUUACAUUCCACCAUAAGAUUCUAUUUCCUAAAAUACAAUAC